UCCGCUAUCUUCAGCGCCACCGCGGAUUACGUGCGCAGGCUGACGGAUCCCUGGGCCACCUUUGCCGCGAAGACUCGUCUCAGCGAUCGUUGCUGUACAAAAGAAACUUGAGCCAAAUCCACGACUGGACUGGGGACACAACGAGCGAUGGGGGAAUGACAUGUCCCGUGCCCCCGUGUCCGGUUCAGCGACCCUAAGGAAAGCCCGAGGAUGCUGCUCCCCAGCCGGCGUAUCGCCAGACGACGCCUCGCCUCGCAGCUGCCGGCCAGGCUCCUGCUGUGUGCCAUAUUCGCCGCCGUCUGCACUAGCCUGCAAGGGAGAGUUAUAUCAUAUGCUGAUCUGGAUGAGGAGAUCGACUACCUUGACUCUGUCAUUGAAAAGCAGAAAGUGUCACAUAUAAAACAAUCCACAAAACUAGCAGUCAGCGCCUCCCAAGUAGAAGGUAGAAAACACCAAGAUACCUCCAAACAUAAACAGAGGAACCAGAGCCAUCCUGCAGCGGAAGUCCUGCCCACUCCCACUACAGCUACCAGCCCACCAGUCUCUGUACUGCCUAACAUCCUGAGCCCCAAACCAAGGGCCACUGGGGUCGAGGGCAAGGGAAGCCCUUUCGCUGUCCCAGCCUCCAAUAAGGAUGGGGUUAUUGUUAUCUUGAUCUCCCUGUGUAUCCUGGUCGGCACCGUGGCCGUGAUCCUAGCAGCUGUCUGCUAUACCAGGUUGCUGAAAGAAUCUCAUCUUGCCCAGAAAGUGGACUAUCCUGCAUUUGGAGGCGGGGCCAAAGAUACUACCGUCGCCAGUGCAACCUCAAUUGGUGAUAAAACACUGGCUCAAAGUGCUCAGAUGUAUCAUUAUCAGCAUCAGAAACAGCAGAUGCUCUCAAUGGAAAAACACAAACCAGAGCAGAAAGUCGCGGACUCUGAGGUCACAACAGAUGAAGAGGAGGUGGGAGGAGACUUCACAGUAUAUGAGUGCCCUGGACUUGCACCGACGGGAGAGAUGGAAGUGAAGAAUCCUCUGUUUGAUGACUCCACGCUACAUCACCAAGAGAAUCACAAGUGAAUGUCGCGCACAAACACACACAUUUAUUUACACACAUACAUGCAUUAACACCAACACAAACUAUUUGUUGUCUGAAGUGAAGCACUUGAUCUCUCAUCACAUGGACCGGAAUGUUCUUGGGAGAGGAUGAGAGAAAAAUGAGUGUGAAUGGAUGAUGAUUGUGAGCCAUAAAAUCCAUAUAAUCUAAAUCCCUACGGUUUCUGUCUCAGAUGUUUUCUCUCAGGCUGUUUUGUCUGUAUUUUACCCCUGAGACUGUAUGACAUGUUGAAUCCUAUUGUUAUUUAGGUUUUCCAGCUUUGUUAGACAUUCCUCUGUCUUAGCAAAGCCUUUGGAAUCAGAUUAUAAUUUAUAAUAUCUAUGACUGUUUGUCUGUUGAAAUGUUAUGUUCUUUAUCAAUGUGAUGCUCUCACUUGCCUUCAUCAUUUUCUUUCGGGUUUUUUUUUUCUUUUUUGCAGCUAUUUCCCAAAGCCUCUUUUUGAAUGUGAUACAAAAGCAAACAUGUUUCACACACACACACACACACACACACACACACACACACACACACACACACACACACACACACACACACACACUUGCACAAAACAUGUGACCUCUCUCUCUUUUAAUCUAAAAUCACACAUUUGUUAUACCACUUAAAAUAUUUACUAACUCCACAAAAGUUUUACAUUGUAAAUGUUACCAUUGCUGUUGCAAAUUUUACUCAUAUAAUCUGCAAAUAUAUAUGUGUGUGUGUGUGUGUGUGUGUGUGUGUGUGUGUGU